GCGGUCACUCUGUUAUUCCUUGGUAGCUUUCUGAACGCCCAAGCCAACUCUUAUCUUCACUACACUCAAGCACAAUGGCCGCCCUCGCUGUGUCCGCCUCCAUCUCCGCCAGCGCCUUCUGCGGCCAGAAGCUUGCUGUGAAGAACAAUGUGAAGGCUGCCCCCGCCAAGGCCGUUAGGUUCACCGCUCCCCGCGCCAAGUACGGUGAUGAGAGCGUGUACUUUGACCUGAAGGACCUCGGCAACACCACUGGUUCCUGGGACCUGUACGGCAACGACGGUGCCUCGCCUUACAACGGCAUGCAGGCCAAGUUCUUCGAGACCUUCGCCGGCCUUUUCACCAAGAGGGGAAUUCUUCUGAAGGUGCUCAUCCUCGGCUAUGCUGGCGCCAUCGGUCACUUCGCUGCCAACUCCACCGGUGACAUCAUUGCCAUCCAGAACGGUCCCCAGAAGGCCGCUGCUCUUGGCCCCCGGGGCAAGAUCUAAAUGCAUUUGAGAUGCUGACUCUGUAAAGAUAUUCCUAUAAGUGAUUAUUUCAAUAUUCACCCUCUUUCUCCCCGCGUACUAGCCCCUGCUGUGUAACCACGUAGGGGUAUGUUCGGAAUGCCUACCUUCAUGCCUGUAGCAUGCAAGCAUGCCUGUCAAUUUAACAGCGAGACCAACAUGGGGUCAUGGCGAUGCUUCUGUCUUG